GACAACCUGUCGAAUAUAUUUUUUCAGUGAAUAUUUGUUCUUUUUACACAUAAUUGGCACUGAGUAUUUUAUAAGUGCCUCUGUGUGAUUAUUAUGAAAUUCUUGGGAAAUAAUUAUAUUACGUGUAGUUUUUUUGAAUUCUCCAUAAUCACAUAAAUGACACUGUAUAUUUGCAACCAGUGCCAUUUGUGUGAUUAUAUGGAAUCUGAAAUAAAAGGCGAAGAGCAUCCUCCCCCAUUUCGGAAAUCGAAUAAUCACAUAAGUGGCACUGUAGGAUUGGUUUCAGUACCAUUUGUGUGAUUAUUGGGUACCUGAAAUGCAUACUACAGAGCUGUCCAGGAAAACGACAAAGAUGUUAACAUCGCAUAAUAAUUAUAUUCUGAUUUUUAACUAUAUAAUACUUAUAAAUUGUAAUGUAAAGUAAUGGAUACAUUAAAAUAUCAACAAGAAAAUUUUGUGUAUUUAUUAUAUGGUUUGGUAACUGAGUAAAAUGGCACCCACGUUAUAUUCUUGUGAAUUGAGCCCCCCAGUACGAUCAGUUCUACUCACAGCGAAAGCUAUAGGACUCGAUCUUAAUAUCGUAAAUGUCGACCUAGGGAAAAAAGAACAAAUGACACCAGAAUUUCUGAAGAUGAACCCCCAACACACUGUACCAACUUUGAAGGAUGAAAAUGAUUUUAUUAUAUGGGAUAGUCAUGCUAUCAUGCAAUAUAUGAUUGAGAAAUAUUCAAAUGACAAUAAGUUCUAUCCAGAAGAUCCUGAGAUGAGGGCUAUUAUACACCAACGGAUGCAUUUUGAUACCAUGUCUGCGGUAACAAGAAGUGAUGCCAUAAAUCCAUUAUUCCAUGCUGGUGCAAAAAAAAUCCCAGAAAAUCUAAUUGAGGCAAUAAGAGGUCAUUAUGCUUUUUUAGAAAAAAUUCUCCAGAAGUCUGAAUGGAUCGCUGGCGAUUCUGUCACGAUAGCAGACUUCAGUUUGAUUCCUUCGAUUAAGACUGCUGAUAUUGUUGUACCUGUGGAUGGAAAUAUUUAUCCAAAACUGAUCAACUGGAUGAAAAAGGCUGAAGACUGGCCGUUUUACAGUGCAAACAAACCAGGACAUGACUGCUUGAGACAAUUAAUUCUAGAAAGGCUUGAAAACUGAUUAUAGUCAAUGAAAAGAAAUUCAGUAAAAUUCUGUAUUUUCACGUUUAA